CUGCUCUAGGAGGAUGCAGAACCUCUGACCUCUGCCUGGACAGUGUUGAUUGGCCUUGUGCAGAUCACAUGCACUCUUCCAAGAAAAAAAAACCUCUCUAGCAAUACACACCAAACUGACCAAGAGCAUAGUGUCUCCACACAAUAUGUCUUAUCAGUAGAUAAAUGGAGGACACUGGAAGAAGGAUUAAACAGCCUUUUUACACAAUGCAGAGGAUUAACCCCCUUAGGUCCCACAGUGAGUAUAUCAAGCAUGAUUUACUGCAUAUACAGACUGAUUUUACUGUUGUAGGUUUA